AAUUCCACGAGAAAAGGCACUGAACAAAGGUAUCGACGCCACUCGCUUUACAUAUUGAAGAUUUAAGACUGAGUCAUUUCAAAGUGUCUUUCAAUGGGAUCUGUAAAAUUUCGAGCGCUUUUUCCUCUACCUGUGAAGCAGUAGUUCUUCUCUGAUGCCCGGACAUUGACCCGGCUGUUCACGGAGGGGUUGUCCACUUUUAGAUCCGACCAGCCGCCUCAACUCCCCAUAGCUUAACUUGGGAAAAAAAAGAAGAAGCCAGAUCCAGCCGUUUUGCUUAUUUGUAUCUUGUUUUUCUUGGCUUAGUAGCACAGCAGUUUGCGUCACAUGUGACCUAUUACUGAGUCUACGCGAACAUCAAGAAUCAUUGAUAUAUUAUUAAUCUACCUCCACAAAUGAAGCAAUGGCACCAUCGCUGUUUGCAUUGCCCCUGACUGGUGUACAGCAUCCUGAAACGUUCAGGACACAUCAGUUGAAGAAACUCAAGAAACGGAAAAGAGACGCCAGAGGCGCCUCUGAUGAGGAGGAUGGUGAUGAUGGACGUCAGAGCGACGAAAGUGAUGCGGAUGGCGAGCCUUUGGGGAAAGAUGGCACAAGAGCAUUAUCUACGGCGGCCUCAAGUGCACAUCUCUCUGCCGCUGAUGCCAGCCAAUAUCGUCUCGCUGGUCACUCGUACGAAGACGAUCUCCCUGGAGGUGGCUUUCCCCAUGGGCCUGCACCAUCAAACGUCGGCAAUGCUGAAGACAAUAUUCAAGAAGACUUGGCGGCCUUGAAUCCGCCGCUAUAUGUGGCCAACACAUCCUCUGCCAAGGUCGUUCCAGACGCUGUAUUGCAGCCUGGAACCAGACUGCGCAGGCGUCAUUUAGCCGUGCUUAUUGCAAUUAUGCACCGGUGCUUACUCGAGGGAGAUUUUGUGCGCGCUGGAAGAGCAUGGGGCAUGCUGCUUCGUAUGGAGCUUCGAGGAGAUGAGAUUGAUAUUAGAGCUCAAGGCAGAUGGGGGCUGGGGGCAGAAAUACUAUUUCGGAAACCAAUGCAGAUCUCCGCAAAGAACUCUAACGAGUCUACACACAAUGCAGACGAGACUCUACAUUCUUCCGAUCCAAACGACGAAGCUGAUGCAGUGCAGCACUUCUUCAGCUCUGCUGGAUUCGACCAAGCCAGAGAAUACUAUGAGCGGCUCAUUCUCCAGCACCCUUUUCGUAAACAAAGACCACAUUCCGUCAGCUCAAUCGACUUUUACCCAGCAAUGUUUGGACUUUGGGUAUUCCAAAUCGAGGAGCCAUUCAAAUCGACACAAAGGCUCCACCGAGAAGAAUGGAAAAACGACGACGACGAAUAUGACGAAGGAAGAGUAGACGACAAAGAUACCUCAGAUCAGUCAAUAAGCCGAGAAAUGGUGAUUUCUUGUCUGAGAAGAUAUGAGGAGCUUGUUACUCGCCUAGAGGAGCUUCUUUUAUCUCCGCCAUAUUCAGAUACUUCUUCUCUAUGGCAACUUCGAGGGAUGGUCGCGCUGAGAAUGGCCGACUUAUACGUACUAGAUUUGCCAAGUGAGCAAUUUCCAGAAUCUGACGAUCAUGAGGAUGACAAUGAUGCGGAAACUAUGGCAUUCAAGCCGAGCCUUCAAGACCAUCGCAGAGAACGGGAGAACAAUCUGGCUAAAAGACAAAGAGAGCUGGGCAAGGCACGGCUCGCCUUCCAGAGAGCCAAGAAAUGUGGCGGCCAAGUCUGGGAAGGAGUCCAGGACCUUCUCCAUGAUCCGGAAUAGGGCGGACGAAAAGAGAAGAAAAAGCCCCCCAAUCACUUAACCCAGGCGAGUCGUGGUAUAUCCGAUGACGUGUUGCAACAGUUUCUUAAAUGAGGCGCAAGCCAGCUCAUAUUACUCGAGCGAUGUUGUGAAAAGUCGGCGCCGCCAGAUUUACGCUUUUGCGUCUCUUCUCAACGCUCGACAAGCUGACCCGGGUGCUCAAGCCGCUUGGCUUGAUGCGCUGGACGAGGACUGAACUUUCGAGUAUCCCGUCCCUCUGUGGGUAUUUUGGCUUGUGCUGUCAUUCGCACAAGGGAUAACCAUGCUUUUUGCGACGCAAUAUCCGACCGCCGCCACAAGAGAGCAUGUUGUAUUGUAACACCACAGCUUUCUGAUUUUCCCGUUCACAAUCAAUUUCUUUUGCGAUCCCACCAUGCUCGCUCUAUGUGGCGCUCUCUCUCUCUCUCUCUCUCUCUCUCUCUCUCUCUCUCUCUCUCUUUCUCUCC